AUGAAAGUGUUUGUCACAGGAGCAUCAGGCUUUGUUGGUGGGGCAGUGGUUCCAGAGUUGUUGAAGGCAGGUCAUAAAGUAGUGGCCUUGGCCCGUUCCGCUAAGGCUGAACAAAAAAUUAAGCAGCUGGACCCUCAUAUAGAAAUCGUCAAAGGCAGCCUCAAAGAUUUGGAUGUUCUCAAAAGAACAGCAGCUGCAUCUGAUGGUGUGGUACAUUUGGGUUUCAUCCAGGAUUUCAGCAGAUUCGAAGAGGUCUCUCUUAUUGAUCGAAAGGCAACCCUCGCAAUGUUGGAUGCCUUGAAAGGCACUAAUAAGCCCUACGUGCAAACCGCGGUGGCCUUGGUUUUCCCACCAGGGACUUUGGGCACUGAAACUUCCCCAAAACACGCUGUUGGGCCUGGUGCCAUACGCUCUGAAACCGAAGACAUUGUGUUGAGCCACGAAAACAAGGGUGUCCGUGCUACUUCCGUCAGACUCCCACCAAGUGUGCACGGUGGAGGGGAUCCCAACUUCAUCACAGCUUUAGUCAAGAUUGCCAGUGGCACUAAAAAGUCCUAUAUCAACGACGGAGCGAAUUUGUGGGCCGCAGUAUCACGGUUUGAUGCUGGCGUUGUGUUCAGAUUGGCGUUGGAAAAGGGUCACGCAGGUACGUCUUACCACGCUGUUGCUGAAGAAGGUGUGAAGACCAAAGACAUCGCCGGAGCUAUUGGCCAGCUCUUAAAAGUUCCUGUGGUAUCAGUAGAAGGCGAUAAAGCGGCUGAGCAUUUCAAGGGCCUCGCUGCCUUUUUUUCCGGUGGUGGGCCAGUGUCAAGUAAGAUAACUCAAGAACAACUUGGUUGGCAACCCAAGGAAAUCGGUCUGCUCGAUGAUAUCCGCGCCAACUAUGGGUUCGCGACUAAAUAG